GUUUUUGAAGUUGUUGUAGAGCAAAAGCUUCGGCAGCCCAGAUUUGUUUUGGACUACCCAAUUGAAAUAUCUCCCUUGGCCAAGCCACGUCUCAGCAAUGCAGGUCUGACUGAAAGAUUCGAUCUAUUCAUCUGUGGCCGUGAAAUGGCAAACGCAUUCUCUGAAUUAACUGAUCCCGUGGACCAGAGGACGCAGUUGGAAAAGCAGCAUAACGCAAAGAGAGCAGCGGCUGCAACAGAAAGUAGUGAACCAAACGCAACGAAAGAUGAUGAUGAUGAUUCAUACGAGGUAACCCUUGACAAAGACUUUCUCACUGCCCUAGAAUACGGAAUGCCUCCUGCUUCGAGAAUGGGGCUUGGAAUUGAUAGGCUGGUGUUGCUGUUGACCAACUCUGAGAGUAUAAAAGACGCCAUUGCAUUUCCUGUUCUGAAAGUUCAGCAGUAA